CUACCAUAAACGUUGGAAUUGUUUACAUACAUGGGAUGGUAACAGUGGGUCUAUUUGGAGGGAGAUUUCUCUAGAUGUAUCUCGACCGAUAAACUGUAAAUGCAUUUUAGACUUCCUAUUUUUUGAACACCAACUUUUAACACUUUCUGAGGUUUGCAUUCAUGUAAACUGUGACCAUGUCUAAAUCUCAACCUUCAUCUCAACGACUGUCUCAAGGCUCUCAAGGCACCCCACGAUCACAGUCUCAAUAUGUCGGUACUGGUGAAAUUAAAGAGCUUGCAAGAACUGCUGUAAGGUAUAUGUUGAUGAAUGACUUUGACAAAGUUCCGAUUAAGCACAGUGAUAUUGUUAGGAAUGUGACGAAGAACAUUUCAAAGAAUACUGGGCAAGUGAUACAGUUGGCUGGGAAAAUGCUUAAAGACGUGUAUGGUAUAAAACUGGUUGAAGACCACUCCAAGAAUCCUAAACAGUACCUGUUGAUAAACAACAUGAAAUUCCAAGAGCAUAUUGCCCUCUCACCAACUACUCAAGCUGAAAUGACGCUACUUACCAUUAUUUUAACUAUUUUAUUCAUGCAAACUAAUGGAAGGUGGAGAGAUUGUGGGGUAGAACAAAGCAAAAUCCAUGGUUUUUUACAACUACUUGACAUUGAUCCUACAGAAAUUCAUGAUCAUUUUGGUGAUGUUAAAAAAGUAUUAGAGUUGUUUAAAACUCAGAAGUACCUGGAUGUUGUGAGAAUUGACAACACUGACCCUCCUAAAUAUGAAUAUCGUUGGGGUGUCCGAGCAAUUGAAGAAGUGUGUCCUAGGGAAACAUUAAAAUUCGCUACAGAAAUUUAUGGCCGUGAUAAAAUCGAAUCUUGGGCUGCCCAGUACAAAGCUGUUGUUGAGUUUGAAGCACUGAGAGGACAAUCUUAAUGCUCUACAGAUUUUUCCUCAUUCCAAAGACAAUUUUCUUAAGUUGGUUGUUUUCAGUAUUUUAGUUAAGUAAAAUUUGUUUUCCAAAUAAAACUGUUGAAGUCUAUUUCAUAUUUUUAGUAAUAACCAGACUGAUAUACUGUUUUAAGUGAUUUAAUAAACAUAGACAAGUUAAUGAA